UCGGAUAUUUGAAUGAUGCCCGAGCAUUCGAAGUGAGACGCUUCGAGCACGUAGCCGCGGAUACAUCGAGCACCGGAAUAUCGAACACACGGAACAACCUUUAAUACAAUCCGACACACCGAUGUCCACUUGGAUACAAAGCUGCACAGAAACUUGUACUUGCACACACAAAAGAUACAACGAUACAAAGAUACACUUAGAUACAAUGAUGGAUGGGCAGCAGAGUGUUUUCAGUGUCAGUGCGCUCAUCGAUGACGUCUGAGAGGCAUUCGCAUUCGCGCUGAUGGAUAAUCAUAAAUUCGGCGUGAAAUUCUCGCAGAUACUUUAGCCAUCUCGCAGAUACUUAUCGCGUUCGCCUCUCCUAAUGGGCCUCAUCUGCCCCGGCCGGCGUCUGUGACAAAUUGUCUCCGCGUGUAUUGUGUGUGUGGUGUGUGCAAUAAAAACCGUUCAAAUCUGCGGCCAAUUACGGCUAAAAGCCAUCCAAAACAUUCCUGUGACAAGUGCAGGUGCAGCUAAGGGACACUCGUAAACCCAUUUGCCAGCAGGAUGCAAACGGAUUAACUCUUGCGAAUCCCAGACCAAAACUCUUCCUUUAAUCCAUCCUCCAGUGCUCUGAGGUCAUUAGACGAUCCGCAGUCGAAUGAAAACAACUCUCAAUACAAAUACAAAGUGUAUUCAGUGAUUCAGUGAUCGAGUGAAGUGAAUAUUCGAAGAAUUCACUUGCUAUCUGGUGAAUGCCGAACGCCGACGGCUAACUGAAAUUAUACUAAUCGAUUCCUAGACGACCGAGCGACACAAAGACUGGCUGCAGAAUGGAUCCCGAUUGCUUUGCCAUGUCCUCGUACCAGUUUGUCAACUCGCUGGCCUCCUGCUAUCCCCAGCAGAUGAAUCCCCAGCAAAGUCAUCCGGGCGCCAAUGCCAGUGCGGGCAGCAGCAACGGUGCCGCCGUGCCAGGCGGUGGGGGCACCAACGGUGGGCCCGGGAAUUCUGGGGCAGCCACGCCCGGAGCCAACGACUAUUUUCCAGCGGCGGCAGCGUACACGCCCAACCUGUAUCCGAACACGCCGCAGGCGCACUACGCCAACCAGGCGGCGGCAUACGGCGGACAGGGUAAUCCGGAUAUGGUGGACUACACACAGCUGCAGCCGCAGCGUCUGUUGUUGCAACAGCAGCAGCAGCAGCAACAGCAACAGCAGCAGCAGCAACAUGCCCAUGCCGCGGCGGCAGUGGCGGCACAGCAGCAGCAACAACUAGCGCAGCAGCAACUCCCGCAACAGCAGCAACAGCAGCAGCAGCAGACGAACAUCAGCUGCAAGUACGCCAAUGAUCCAACCACACCGGGCGGCAGUGGUGGCGGCGGAGGGGGUGGUGGCAGCAACAACAACAAUAACAGCAGCAACAACAACAACAACCAAUCAUUGGCCAGCCCGCAGGACCUCUCCACGCGCGACAUUUCCCCGAAGCUCUCGCCCAGCUCCGUGGUGGAGAGUGUGGCACGAUCCCUCAACAAGGGGGUGCUGGGUGGCAGCCUAGCGGCCGCUGCUGCUGCCGUCAGUCUCAACAACAACCACAGCGGUGCUGGGGUCGGCCCAGUGGGCGGCGGUGGCAGUGGUGUGGGCGUGGGUGGUGUCCCGGGCGUGGUCAAUGUCCCGAUGCACAGUCCUGGCGGCGGCGACUCCGAUUCGGAGAGCGACAGCGGCAACGAGGCGGGCAGCAGCCAGAACAGCGGCAAUGGAAAGAAGAAUCCGCCACAGAUCUAUCCAUGGAUGAAGAGAGUGCAUCUCGGACAGAGUACUGUGAAUGCCAAUGGCGAGACGAAACGACAACGGACCUCAUACACCCGCUAUCAAACACUGGAACUGGAGAAGGAAUUCCAUUUUAAUCGCUACCUGACACGCCGGCGACGCAUCGAGAUCGCCCAUGCCCUCUGCCUGACCGAGCGCCAGAUCAAGAUCUGGUUCCAGAACCGGCGCAUGAAGUGGAAGAAGGAGCACAAGAUGGCCUCGAUGAACAUCGUGCCCUACCAUAUGGGUCCCUAUGGCCAUCCCUACCAUCAGUUCGAUAUCCAUCCGUCACAGUUUGCGCAUCUGAGCGCAUAGGACGCGUGGCACUUUUCGGGUACUGGUUAGAGACUCAAUCAGUUGUAUCAGGAACCAUAUCAGACGGCGGCGGCGGCGGCCAGUGUGGCCGGUAGCUAUCAGUCGCAGGGGCCGCAGGAUGCUGUGUCCCUUGGCGGUAAUGGUAAUGGUGGUGGAGGUAGUGGUGUCGUUGGUGGUGGUGGUGCGGGUGUGACAGGCGGCGGUGGAGGCAGCAAUAGUACCGGCAACGGUCCCAAUUCGCUCUUCUCAUCCGCUGCCAGCAACUCCAAUGCCGAUUGCCUCAAGUAUCCGCAAGAGUUCUGAUCUCAGGUUAUCAUCAGGCAGCAGCAGGCGGAGCAGGAGGAGCACAAUCGUCAUCCGCAGAUGAUGGAACAGCUGCUGGAAUCGGACUGUGAGCCCGAUCCGGAGCUGGACCUGGAACUGGAACUGGAACUGGACUACAAGACGGACAUUGUUGGCUGCAAUAUGUUCUGCUGCUGAGGCGAUCUAGCCACCACCUGCCCCAAAUCUUGCCUACCGCAUACCGCCACCCGCCUGUCCCAGUCGCCGCUCUCCCGUCGAUCAACCAACAUCAGAGACGAUGUUUCUUGUUUGCAACUGAUUCGUGUUAAGCUAAGAAACGAGCUGUUCCCCCGCCCCCCGCACGGCAGCUCGUUUGGGUCUAUGAUACUGGAUGUGGGACCCCAAGCAAUCACACAAUUCUAUUCGAUAUUCGAUACGUUUCCUUCCCUUCAAAACUUUCCCCGAAUUGAGCACAGCUCUCAACUGCCUGGGGAUCCCAGAGAGAUUUCCUUUCUAUUCCCCUAAUUCUGGACUUUCUUUAUGUGAAUGCGUGUGGUUCGCCCCCAGUAUGAUGGACCUCUUUCUCUAAGCAGUAUUCGAAAAGCUGUUAGUCUGUAAGUCUAGCAUAAAUUUUAGUCCCUAAGAGCUGCACAGAUGAGGAGAUGAACAGAGAUGAAGAUCGAGUUAAACAAAAACUAAUAUCUGCAAUAAUUUCAAAGUGAUUUCUAACUAACAUUAGUUCUUCGUUUAAAGAUAUACCCAAUCCAAGUCCAAGCCCAAACCCAACCCAAUUCCCCGCCCUCCAGGGAGUCCUAAAGUGUGUACUUAAUACCUAGCUAGUAGAUAACCUAAAUCUAGUUAACCACAUAAGGCUUUGUUUAGUUUGUAAAUAGCAGAGAGCGCCCUCGGACUCGGGGGACGGCUUUCUUUUUAUUAUGUUUGUGUUUCGUUUAGAAAUGAAAGUAUUUUGAAAGUAUCUCUACUGUUCAGUUUAUUUUGUGUGUUGUUGAAAGUGCUCUAGCAGCUUCGAAAAUGCUUUACUAAUUUUAUCCAAAAACAAAAACUAAAAACAAAAAAGAUUCAAAUCGUUUUAUAAUUUGCCACUGAAGAACAAAUUCGGAAGUCAAACAGGAACUAAAAAAUAUUUCACAUUUAGCAUAGAAUUCGAUAUGGAAACUGGACUUUCUUUCGAGCCGCAUUAAAAGAAUAUAUUUUUUAUUUAGAGACCUCUUUCAGCAAUGUUUCAUGUCUGUAAAAAAAAAAAA